AUGGCGGCGCUGGUGGCGAAGGACCCCGCGGCGUCCCCGGACCCGGCGGAAGCCGCCGAGACGGCCGAGGCGGCGGAGCUAAGCCGCGUACUGAGCCGCAUGCUGCCCGGUCUGGAGGCCGACAGCAAGCUGAGCCGGCGGCGCGCGCUGGAGGCGCUGCAGCGCGCCCUGGAGGUGGCGCGGCCUGAGGCGCCCGACGGCGACCCCACCGCCGCAGCCGCCGCCUUCCAGGGCCCGUGGGCGCGCCUGCUGCUGCCGCGCCUGCUGCGCUGCCUGGCCGACCCGGCCGAGGGCUGCCGCGCGCUGGCCGUGCACCUGUUGGACUUGGGCCUGCGGCGAGCCGCGCGACCCCGUGACGCCCUCCCGCGCCUGCUGCCCGCUCUCGCCGCGCGCCUGGUCGGCCCCGAGCCCGCGCGCCGCCCACCGCCCGAGGCCUGCGAGGAGCUGCGCCUGGCGCUAGUGCAGCUGCUCCACCUGGCCGUGCGCCUGAGCGGCGCUGCUCUCGCGCCCCACCUGGACGACGCGGUGCGCGUGCUGCGCUGCACGCUGCUUGACCCUUUCGCCGCCGUGCGCCGAGAGAGCUGCGAGUGCGCCGCGGGCCUGGCGCGCGCCACGCCAGACCACUUCCACAUGCAGUCGGAGUCCUUGAUCGGCCCCCUGAUGCAGUCCAUCUCCCACCAGCACUGGAAGGUGCGGGUGGCCGUCAUCGAGGCCACGGGCGUGGUGAUCCAGUUUGGCAGCGGGAAGUCAGUGGACGACGUCCUUCCUCACUUUGCUCAGCGGCUCUUUGAUGACGUCCCCCAGGUGCGCCAGGCGGUGACGCGCGUGGUCGGGGGCUGGCUGCUGAGCCUGCGGGACCGCUACUCGUUCUUCCACAGGCUCAUCCCGCUGCUGCUGAGCGCCUUCGACGACGAGAUCCCCGAGAUCGCGUGCGGGGCGGCCGGCCUCUGGGAGCAGGUGGGGCUGCGCUGGCAGAUGGAGAACGAGGAGGAGCUCCAGGACAAGCUGGACUUCGCUGGCCCGCCCCCCGCACACCACCCCUCGCCAGGGAGCCGCCCGGGGCUGGGCUGCCGGGAGCUGGUCUUCAGAAACCUCUCCAAGAUCCUUCCCGCCAUCUGUCACGACAUCACCGACUGGGUGGUGGGGACAAGGGUGAAGUCGGCACAGCUGCUGGCGGUACUGCUGCUUCACGCGGAAGCCCACAUCACGCAGCACCUGGAGCCCGUCCUGCGCACUCUGCUCCGCGCCUGCGCCGACGAGGAGGAGGCCGUGGUCCGCAGUUGCACGAGAUCCGCAGAGCUGAUCGGGACCUUCGUCAGCCCGGAGGUGUUUCUGAAGUUGCUCUUGUCGGCGCUGAGGAAGUCUCCCUCCCCCUCCGGCCUCCUGGUCCUUGCCUCCGUCAUUCGAGGCUGCCCAAGGGAGGCCCUCCGGCCACACGUGAAGGUCAUCGCCGUGGAGCUGGCCCACGCUCACAUCUGCCAAGGGUCUGAAAACCGCCUGUACGGGGAGCGCCUGCUGCAGUGCGUGCAGGCCGUGGUGUCCGUGAGCCGGGAGGACUGCCGAGGGGCUGGCGUGCCGCUCGUGGAGGUGCUGGUGACCGUCCUGGCGCUGUGGGGACCUGCGGGCCUUGGUGCCGAGGUUCAGGAGACGCUGGCCGAGCUGGCCGCGGUGGAGAGCAUGGACGCCAUCCAGGACCUCUUCCGAGCGCAUGUGGGCCCCCUGCUGGAGUGGCUGGCUGCCUCGCACCAGGACUGGACCGGCCACUCCAAGGAGCUCCUGCAGUUCGACGUGGUGCUCACUCACUCAGGCCCUGCCCUCGGCGAAGCCUUGCCCCAGCUGGUCCCCAUCCUCAGGAGCUGCCUCCAGCCAGCCCGGGACCCACCCAUGCGCCUGAAGCUCUUCUCCACCCUGACGGGGCUGCUGCUGGGAGCCAGGGAGACGGUGGACUCGCAGGGACAGUUCCAUGGCUACCUGGACACCCUGAUCAAGGACGUCUUUGUCCCCAAUCUGCAGUGGCACGCGGGGAGGACGGCUGCGGCCGUCCGUACGGCGGCUGUGUCCUGCCUCUGGGCGCUCGUGAGCAGCGGGGUCCUGUCAGAUGAGCAGAUACAGGAAGUGCAGGAAAUGUUGAUGCCUCAAAUUCUAACCACCCUGGAAGAAGAUUCUCAGAUGACUCGAUUAAUUUCAUGCCGAAUCAUUAAUGUAUUUUUAAAGACCUCUGAUGGUGUGAUUGAUCCAGACAAAUUCAUCAAGAUUUAUCCUGAGCUCUUAAAACGCCUGGAUGACGUCUCCAACGAGGUGAGGCUGGCGGCCACCUCCACCUUGGUCACCUGGUUGGAGUGCGUCAGCAACGAGGCCGGGAAGUGCUAUUACCAGAGCAACAUUCAGCACCUGUACAGGGAGCUCCUCGUGUACCUCGACGACCCCGAGAGCGCCAUCCAGGACGCAGUUCUCGGGUGCCGAAAAGCUAAAAAUGAAGGACACGUGUCGUAUCCCCUGAACCACCACCGACGUCCUGCAGAGGGCCUGGCCACCCGGAGCCUGGAAGCGCUGAGAAGGAGGACUGACCGCCAGGCGGGGGCCUGCCCGCUGCACGCGCUGGGUUCCUCGUCCCCAGAUGGACAGGAUGAGGGCCCAGGGUCUCCAGCUGAAGGGCCCGGGUGGAACAGUCGCUGCUUUAUUCUGCAGAAGCCACAGGCUUUGCAUCCCCGGGCCCCGAAGGGCCUGGAGGUGGAUUCCAGCCGGCCAUGGGGGUGUGGGGGCCGCGGGGUGACGGCCAGCUCCUGCCCGCUGCGGACGCCCCCAAGGCCGGGCUGGGCCCGGGCCUCCACCCCAGGGGUGACCCAGGGCUCCUCCCUCAGUGUAGCCAUGACCGACCUGAGGUCCAGGGCCCCAGGGACAUAG